AUGGACUUUGCCCUGGGGGUGAAGCACAUAGACUUUCAUGGGAGCCAUUACUCUCAGUAAGUGCACACAAGCUCGGGCAAGAUCACAUGGCAGGUCUUGGGACAUUGAACGUCGCAGGCCAUUCGAUCAGGGGUGGCAGUGCAUUGGUUGCAGGACGAUGAAUGCUAAAGGCUUCCCCACAUCUAAAGCACCAUAUGCAUGCUGUUGAUUUCAGUGUAAACAACUUACAUGAAAACCAGCUACACGCUUGUCUAUGUAUGUUGAAUGCCCAUUUUCAACUUCCAACUAGACCUUUAAAAAAAUGGCAUACAAAAGUAUUGGGUGAAAACAAAUUGGAACCUCUUAGUAAUGUCAUGAAUCUUUUCAUCAGCAAAUGGAAUCUAUUCAUUCAUAAAUCAGGCACCUUCAGCGUGCAUUGAAGACUUUAUCUGAUGCUAGUCAAUUGAUGCAGAAUUCAUGUUUUAUUUAGUUCAGCUUGAAUCUGGAUGAAUGUGGAAAGGUUGAAAAUAAAGGUGCUGGAACACAACAAUGACAUGGACUACUUGGGAAAUGUCACGCACGUGGCCAACAUAGACUACUAGAUCUGUGUGGGCUAUAUCCUUUUUAGGGGGGACUCAUUGUUGUUCACCCAUAAUGCACUGUGACAGGCACCUUAAGUCGAGCCGCACAAUUGUUCAAGGAGUUCCUUCAAGGUAACUGUCCUCAGUUCUCAGGAAAAAUAGAAGGGGGGAGUCAGGAAAGACGUAUACACAAAAGAUAUGUCAACAACCAUUGUUCUUCACAUCAUGUGACGUACCAUAUAUGGUAUGCUGCUCUCAACUUUACUUUGACCUCUUUGUUAGCGUCUCAGCAAAUCAAAUCAGUUCAUUGGAUGCGUACACAGUUUAGCAGAUGUUAUAGUGGGUGCAGUGAAAUGCUUAUGUUACUAGCUCCUAACAAUGCAGUAAAAUGUCAAAUAAUCCACCAAAAAACAAACACAUGAAAUAAACAAAUGUCGGAACGAACCCGAAUAGCACUGUAACAGUAAUCCAAAUGCAAUCUAUACGUAUAUACACCGGAUACAUUUAAACAAGAUAUACUAAGAAUGAUAUGUGCAGCAUUAGAUACUGUAUAUUAGAGUGAGAAAUGAUUAAUUAUGAAUGCAUUAAUUGACCCACUGAAACAUGCCCCUUAAAAAAAAAUGAUGUUCUCUCUCAGCUGAUUUUAGAGCUUUGCUAAAGUUAUUUUAAUCUCUCCACAGCCUAUAGACACUAAGAUAGCUUGGCAAUAUUCCUAAGAGGAUGUAAUUCAUCUUAAAAUGUUGUGCUGCCUGCGCCCCAUAAAAAGACAGGUAGCCGACCGGUAGCCUUCACGUGUCGUGUGUAGCUUUGUUGUUUAUGUUGGUCAGUCAAAGUGGCAAAGGGGCUCAAUAUGUAGCAAGUGGAAUACAAUUAUGGAAUUAAAAGUUAGCAAAAUGAGAAGGAGUAGGCAACAACGAGCAACCAACAGGUAGGCUAUUGUUUUAUUUGAAUGGGGUUGGGGAGAAAGUGCAGCAUUUAGCCUAGCUAGCUAUAGCUUCUCUAGGCUACUCCAGUCAAGACGGGCACUGUUAUAUGGAUGAUAAAUAACAUUGUGGCUGCUACAAGUUAGCUAGUCUUUGCUGUAACCGAGAUGCCUCUCUCUUUCUUUCUCUCUUCUCACCUGUCUGUAAUAUUCCGAUCUCUGAUAUUGCUCGUUCUGAUAUUUCUUUAUUUUUCUGGAUUGUGUUUUUAUUUUAUUUUUAUUGCUAGGUAUUACUGCACUGUUGGAGCAAGAAACACAAGCAUUUCGCUGCACCUACGAUAACUCAGAUCUGCAAAUCUGUGUACACGACCAAUAAAAUUUAGUUUGAGCCUCUCUCCCUCGCACAGCAGCAUUGCUCAGGUUAAAAACAUACACAUGUAUUUAGAAUAUCCGGAUAUCUGACAAAAAUUCAUGAUACUAUUCGUAUAGUGAUAAUUUCAAAUUCCUAUCACGACUGCCUAAUCCCAACUCAUUAUAUCCCAUAUACUGUCCGCUUCCUCUUCGAUCUGAGUGUGACUUGCUUCCUCAGAGUCAAGAAUUUAACUGCAUGCAUUUCACAUACAUUUUGUAAUUAUUUUCUUUAUUGAGCCAAGUUUAGUUUGAUAGUUCUCUCCCUCUGGGCUCUGAGAGGUAGGGCUGAAAAGGAAACAUUGAUGUGCCUCUAGACCAUAAAGGCCAGCCAUCACCAGCAGCAGCAUGAACAAAGAGAAUUAGCAGGCUGCCAUACCACUGCAUUAUGCCCAAUAUUUGAACAUUAUAUUCUACAUCAAAUGUUUUAUACUUCACAAAGCUCCUUGUGGCUAUUUUAAGAAAUAACAACAGUGUUUUUUUGUCAUCUGAAACUAAUAAAUCAUAACUGUGCUUAAUUAAUUAAUACAUAGUUCCUUUGGCCUUAAGCCUGAGAGGUAAAAUACUGUUUUAUAGACAUGAAUCUAGUAAAUCCUCCUCUUUGCUUAGUCAUACAGAGUCAGGAAUACUCCCACUUUUUCACUUGGCCUAUCUCAUAAAUCAAAUAUUUUGCUUCCUGCUCAGUUUACAGAUCAGGUAUUCAGGUUUUUGCUUUUCUUCUCUUCCUCAGGAUGGUUCGAGGCAGCGCAAAGAGAGGAAGAAGACGGUUUCGUUCAGCAGCAUGCCCACUGAGAAGAAGAUCAGCAGUGCGAGCGACUGCAUCAACGCCAUGGUGGAUGGCUCUGAACUGAAGAAGGUGCGCUCCAACUCCCGCGUUUACCACCGCUACUUCCUCCUGGACGCCGACAUGCAGUCUCUAAGGUGGGAACCCUCCAAAAAAGAGUCAGAGAAAGCCAAAAUUGAUGUCAAGGCCAUCAAAGACGUGCGGACAGGGAAAAACACAGAAACUUUUAGGACCAACGGAAUAUAUGAUCAGAUAUCAGAGGACUGUGCCUUCUCAAUCAUCUAUAGGGAGAACUAUGAGUCUUUGGACUUGGUUGCAAACUCUGCCGAUGUGGCCAACAUAUGGGUGACCGGGCUUAGAUACCUGAUAUCCUAUGGGAAACACACCCUGAAUAUGAUUGAGAGCAACCAGAACAACAUGCGCUCCUCCUGGCUCGGUGACCUUUUUGAGCAGGCUGAUGCUAACAACAGCAAGCACAUCAGUCUAUGUGCUGCCGUGCAGCUAAUUAAAAACCUAAACCCUGGACUCAAAAACGUUAAGAUUGAACUCAAGUUCAAGGAGUUUCACAAAUCUAAAGAUAAGGUGGGAUGUGAUGUGACUAAGGAGGAGUUCAUUGAAGUCUUUCAUGACCUUUGCACAAGACCAGAAAUUUAUUUCCUCCUUGUCCAGUUCUCUAGCAACAAGGAAUUUCUAGAUACCAAGGAUUUAACUAUGUUUCUGGAGGCUGAGCAGGGUAUGGCACAAGUAAGUGAAGACACCAGUCUGGAGGUCAUUCAGAGCUAUGAACCUUCCAAAGAGGGGCAGCUCAAGGGCUGGCUCUCCCUUGAUGGGUUUACCAAUUAUCUAAUGUCGCCAGAGUGCCACAUCUUUGACCCUGAACAAAAAACAGUGUGUCAGGACAUGAACCAGCCCUUGUCCCACUAUUACAUCAACGCUUCCCACAACACAUACCUGAUCGAGGAUCAGUUUAGAGGCCCCUCUGACAUUACAGGGUACAUCCGUGCCCUCAAGAUGGGCUGUCGUAGUGUAGAACUAGAUGUCUGGGAUGGACCAGAUAAUGAGCCUGUCAUUUACACUGGCCACACAAUGACCUCGCAGAUAGUCUUCCGCAGUGUCUGUGACGUCAUCAACAAAUAUGCCUUUGUUGCAUCUGACUUUCCCCUGAUAUUGUGUCUGGAGAACCACUGCUCCUUAAAGCAGCAGAGGGUCAUGUUUCAGCACUUGAAAAAGAUUAUUGGGGAUAAGAUUCACAUUGAUCCACCCUCACCUGAGGACAGCUACCUGCCCUCACCCUUUGACCUCAAGUGUAAGAUCCUGCUGAAGGGGAAGAAGCUGGGCACGACCUGCACUAGCUCGGAGGGCGAAGUGACAGAUGAGGAUGAGGGGGCUGAGAUGUCCCAAAGAAUGAACAUUGAAGCCGACGAACAACAGAGCAUCCCACGGAAAAGGUUCCAGCUGUCCAAGGACCUCUCUGACCUGGUAACGUUGUGUAAAUCGAUUGAGUUCAAAGACUUCCCAACAGCUUUCCAAAGCCAGAGGCACUGGGAACUUUGCUCGUUCAACGAGGUCUUUGCCAGUCGCUGUGCCAGUGACUUCCCAGGCGACUUUGUUAACUACAACAAGAAAUUAUUAGCGAGAGUCUACCCCAGCCCAAUGCGGAUCGACUCCAGUAACAUGAACCCUCAGGACUUCUGGAAGUGUGGUUGCCAGAUCGUGGCAAUGAACUACCAGACCCCCGGCCUGAUGAUGGACCUAAACAUCGGCUGGUUCCGUCAGAAUGGGAACUGUGGUUAUGUGCUGCGACCAGCCAUAAUGAGGGAGCAGGUGUCAUAUUUCAGUGCCAACACUAAAGACUCAGUGCCUGGCGUGUCUCCUCAGCUCUUGCACAUAAAAAUCAUAAGUGGACAAAACUUCCCCAAACCCAAAGGCUCAGGCUCCAAAGGAGAUGUUGUUGACCCUUACGUCUAUGUGGAGAUCCAUGGCAUACCUGCUGAUUGUGCAGAGCAAAGGACUAAAACUGUCAAUCAGAAUGGGGAGAACCCACUGUUUGACGAAAGCUUUGAGUUUCAGAUAAACCUACCUGAGCUGGCCAUGGUACGCUUCGUGGUGCUGGAUGAUGACUACAUUGGCGACGAGUUCAUCGGCCAGUACACAAUCCCCUUCGAGUGUCUUCAGCCGGGAUUCCGGCACAUACCGUUACAAUCGCUAACAGGGGAAGUCCUUCCCCACGCCUGGCUGUUUGUCCAUGUGGCCAUUACCAACCGAAGGGGCGGGGGCAAGCCUCACAAGAGGGGGCUGUCUGUGCGCAAGGGCAAGAGAAGUCGGGAGUACGCCACCAUGAGGGUGCUGGUCAUCAAGGCUGUGGACGACAUCUUCAAAACAGCCAUACUGCCACUGAGGGAAGCCACCGACCUCAGAGAAAACAUGCAGGUAAGGGAGUGAACAUUAUAUAUAAUAAGGGUUACAUGGAGAAUAUCAGACCUCUCUGAAAUGAAAAUGGAUGGCCCUCCCUUCAGCAAAAUAUAUUUGACCUAAUCCCUCCCUGAACGUUUGUAAAAAAAACAAAAAAACAAGUGACCAUCCCCUAUACCCAAAAUAAUCAUUAAAACAAAGUGGAUAGCGGAGAACAUGUCUACCGUUUACUCUCACGCUAGGACAGACCAUAGCAUUACAUGGCAACAAAUUAUUUUUUAAAUAGCGCACAGGGCUGUGGGCCAGAAGGUUGUGGGUUCGCAGACCACCGUGGACAACAGUAGGGGUGGAAAGAUCUCCUUUAUAGUAAAAGCAUUGCAUGAAUCUAUCAUCGUAUUUGCAGGUCUGAGAAAAAUUGCCUUUUAUAAAAAUAUCAUACAAUUCUACAUAAUAUUUUUUAAUACCACACACAUUACAGGCUAAGAAUGGACAGCGCGAUAUCCUAUGUGUUCAGCUUAUCAUAUUUCUCUAAUGCCAAAUCAGUGUGUGGUUUGCAACGAAGCUGUCCCUGUUUGCAAAUAAUUAGGAAUCUGAGAAUGGUUCUUUUUAAAAGUUAGGCCUACCUUUCCACCCCAGACAGAGUAGGCCUACCGACGCAUACAAAUGCAAGCUUUAACUGCUGGCUACUCUUCAUCCGUGGCUUAACCCAAUGAGCGAUGGUCAGAAGUGUUUCCCUAAAAGCUGUCUGGGUUUAAACAUCUUCUAUUGUACAUAGUGAACAGCUUAAUCAAUUGAUAGUGACAUAAUUAGAUUACCCAAGCAAAGUCUAUGUUUUGUCUCCUCGGCUAUAGAAGGUUGUAGCUCAGCCACUUAAUGUGCAUCGGAGUCACUGCUUUCAUGGGUAUUUUACAGCUUGUUUCUAGCAUAAAGCAUUGCGGACCAAAGCACUGUUAUAGAUCACUUUAUACAAUCCAUUUUAAUUUCCUCAAAAUCUUAAGCUAACAAGGGGUAGACCUGUGCUUUUUGCCAUUUUCUUUAAUAAAAGGUAGGCCUGUGGCAUACCCUCUCAUACCCCCUCAAUAUGAGUGUUGGUUUUAACUUAACAGCCCUUCACUGACACGGGGUAGGAUAUUUAAAGAAUGCAUGGUGGGUGGAGGAAUUGACUGAGAAAUCUAUGGAUAUACAGUGGGGAGAACAAGAAUUUGAUACACUGCCGAUUUUGCAGGUUUUCCUACUUACAAAGCAUGUAGAGGUCUGUAAUUUAUACCAUAGGUACACUUCAACUGUGAGAGACGGAAUCUAAAACAAAAAUCCAGAAAAUCACAUUGUAUGAUUUUUAAGUAAUUAAUUUGCAUUUUAUUGCAUGACAUAAGUAUUUGAUCACCUACCAACCAGUAAGAAUUCCGGCUCUCACAGACCUGUUAGUGUUUCUUUAAGAAGCCCUCCUGUUCUCCACUCAUUACCUGUAUUAACUGCACCUAUUUGAACUCGUUACCUGUAUAAAAGACACCUGUCCACACACUCAAUCAAACAGACUCCAACCUCUCCACAAUGGCCAAGACCAGAGAGCUGUGUAAGGACAUCAGGGAUAAAAUUGUAGAGCUGCACAAGGCUGGGAUGGGCUACAGGACAAUAGGCAAGCAGCUUGGUGAGAAGGCAAUUAUUAGAAAAUGGAAGAAGUUCAAGAUGAUGGUCAAUCACCCUCGGUCUGGGGCUCCAUGCAAGAUCUCACCUCGUGGGGCAUCAAUGAUCAUGAGGAAGGUGAGGGAUCAGCCCAGAACUACACGGCAGGACCUGGUCAAUGACCUGAAGAGAGCUGGGACCACAGUCUCAAAGAAAACCAUUAGUAACACACUACGCCGUCAUGGAUUAAAAUGCUGCAGCGCACGUAAGGUCCCCCUGCUCAAGCCAGCGCAUGUCCAGGCCCGUCUGAAGUUUGCCAAUGACCAUCUGGAUGAUCCAGAGGAGGAAUGUGGUCUGAUGAGACAAAAAUAGAGCUUUUUGGGUAAACUCCACUCGCCGUGUUUGGAGGAAGAAGAAGGAUGAGUACAACCCCAAGAACACCAUCCCAACCGUGAAGCAUGGAGGUGGAAACAUCAUUCUUUGGGGAUGCUUUUCUGCAAAGGGGACAGGACGACUGCACCGUAUUGAGGGGAGGAUGGAUGGGGCCAUGUAUCGCGAGAUCUUGGCCAACAACCUCCUUCUCUCAGUAAGAGCAUUGAAGAUGGGUCGUGGCUGGGUCUUCCAGCAUGACAACGACCCGAAACACACAGCCAGGGCAACUAAGGAGUGGCUCCGUAAGAAGCAUCUGAAGGUCCUGGAGUGGCCUAGCCAGUCUCCAGACCUGAACCCAAUAGAAAAUCUUUGGAGGGAGCUGAAAGUCUGUAUUGCCCAGCGACAGCCCCGAAACCUGAAGGAUCUGGAGAAGGUCUGUAUGUGCAAACCUGGUCAAGACCUACAGGAAACGUAUGCUCUCUGUAAUUGCAAACAAAGGUUUCUGUACCAAAUAUUAAGUUCUGCUUUUCUGAUGUAUCAAAUACUUAUGUCAUGCAAUAAAAUGCAAAUUAAUUACUUAAAAAUCAUACAAUGUGAUUUUCUGGAUUUUUGUUUUAGAUUCCGUCUCUCACAGUUGAAGUGUACCUAUGAUAUAAAUUACAGACCUCUACAUGCUUUGUAAGUAGGAAAACCUGCAAAAUCGUCAGUGUAUCAAAUACUUGUUCUCCCCACUGUAGCAGCCUUAAGCCUAAUUGUGUCUGUCAAACAGGUAUGCCUACCUCCUUAUGUCUUAAAUAGGAAGGAAUAGGCUCCAACACAAAGCCCUCUUGUUAGUAGUAUAAUUGAAAUGAAGACUGUUGAAAUGAAUUAUGCCUACUCGAAUUUGCAUACUUUCAGCACCAUGAGCUGUCAAUUUCCGAUUGAUUGUGCCGGGGCUGCUGCUUCAAGUUUCACCACCACCAUGUAAAUUACUCGAAUCUGGCUUACUGUUUAUAAUAAAAUAAAUUAUAGUAGUAGCAAGCUAUCAAAGUUGACCCUCGGUCCUCAUCUUCGCGCUCUCCUUCUCAAACUGAACAGAACAUAGGCUAGUCCGUGCGCAAGAGUGCAUUUUUUGGACUAGGCCUAAUCCAAAAUACUUUUUGGAGGAAGCCUUUGACUCUCCUCCUGAACUGCCACCGUAGGCCUACACAGCACAGCCAUUGGUUAGGCAGCACACAAAAAAGUUUUUGAUCAGCAAGAGGAGAGCAGGCUGGGGCUCAGGGUUGGAAUAUCCCAUUGCAGUGUGUAAUGCAGCUUAGUUAUAUUGACACCAUCCCAGCAGCUAUCUUAGAAAUACAACUUUACUCUGCUUCUCCGAGCCAGCACUUCGUAGCCUAUAGGCUAUGGAUCAUUUGAUUGAGACCACACUAAAUAGCCUAUAGGCGCACUUGAUAUUGCACGCCCAGUGGAGAAUCAGAGAUGAGUAGUAGCUGCAUCGAUAUAUAGCCUAAUAAGCAACAAAUUAAAACAUUCUAGAAAUAUAGAAAUUUCAUCAAUUACAAAUUACAUGACCCUCCCCUGGACUAGAUUUAAAAACUACUAAACCCUCCCAUUGACUGAAAUUGAAAAAGCAUGACCCUCCCCCAUUUCCCUCCAGGUAACCAUUUUGUAAAUUUCAAUCCAUCCCUAAUUUGACUUGUAAAACAUCAAUUUAUGCCAAGGUCCUAUGGGCCAGGCUAGCCUACAUUAUGUAAUAUAUCCAAUGUGUUUUGGGGGGAAUGUGCAUGCUUUAAAAAAGUCGUGGAUGAGUCGUUUGAAUUACAUUUACAUUUUAGUCAUUUAGCAGACGCUCUUAUCCAGAGCGACUUACAGUUAGUGAGUGCAUACAUUUUUAUUUUUUUAUACUGGAAUCGAACCCACAACCCUGGCAUUACAAAUGCCAUGCUCUACCAACUGAGCUACAUCCCUGCCGGCCAUUCCCUCCCCUACCCUGGACGACGCUGGGCCAAUUGUGCGCCGCCCCAUGGGUCUCCCGGUCGCGGCCGGCUACGACAGAGCCUGGAUUCGAACCAGGAUCUCUAGUGGCACAGCUAGCACUGCAAUGCAGUGCCUUAGACCACUGCGCCACUCGGGAGGACCAAGUUUAUUUACUCAUCCACCUACAUGGGAAUGUUUUUGUUAUAAAAUGACAUGAUAUGAACACUAACCCCUAGAGUCAAGUGCGGAUCACCUCGAGAUUUACUACAAAGGCUGCCUUUUGGCAAGAGAAAACAACGCCACCAAGCUGGAUUUAAUCAGAUUUGAUCUAAUCCCUGUGUAUUGCACAACAGUUGAGAGACUCAAGGAGACUUCGAAGCUCAGAGGCAGUCUGGUGACAUCCCCACUGGAGCACUGAGGCCUGGGGAUGAUAUUCAGACAUCCAGGUAGCGGCUUAUGAGCAUACCUCCUAAUAUGUAAAAUGGAAAACGUGUUAUGUAAUACUGCACUGUGGUGCUUAUGGGCUUGUCAGUAAUAAUUCUAGAAGGAGAUUACUGUAUGCUGUCUAAAGGACAGAUUACCACAAAUUAUGUUGAAGUGGAGAGGAAACUAGACUAGUGCGUCACCAAGAUGGAGUAGCAGUGCGGUCAUGUACUAUGUGUGUGUCCGUGUAAAUAGCCUGUUUUUUGUAUUUUUUUGUUGUUGUAUUUUUCGUACAUAUUUCCUUAUCACACUUUUCAUCCUUCUACUAAAUAUACUUUCCUGCAACCCGCCUCACUCAAUGUGGAACGGAUUCUAUUAUUGACUUACCUUUUAUCUAGAAUCUCCAGUUGAAACUAGCUAGCCAGCUAACUAGCUACUUGCUAUUAGCCACCGUUAGCGGUUUUCACCCAGAACAUCGGAUUUUCUGCCGGAAUAACUGAAUCACUGGACAUUAACACCAGAUCGCAACUAGCUAGCCGCAACCGAAUGGAUGUUGCUGUUGGCUAAUCACCACUGCCCCCGACGCAAGCACCCACCAGUUAACCUUGAGCUAGCCUCGAGCCAGGCCCAUAUCCCGGCUAUCUACCUCUCUGUCUACCAGACGGGAGUAGCCAGCUAACUAGCUACUUGCUAUUAGCCACCAUUAGCGGUUUUUCACCAUUGUCCGUGGCCUGCACUACCUACCAGCCAGCUCUAGCCUGGACUAUUAUCGGCCAGUCUGCACUGUCUGCACAGCGCGUUAUCGACCCAGAACAUAUCAGUUUUUCUGCCAGAAUCACUGGACCUUUAAUUCCGGAUCAUCGCAACUAGCUAGCUGCAACCAAAUGGAUGAUGUUGUUGGCUAAUCAGCCUUGAGCUAGCCUCGAGUCAGGCCCAUCUCCCGGCUAUCUACCUCUCUGUCAACCGGAAGGGACCUCCUAGAGUUGACACGGAGCCCCCCCGCCAUCACGACUGGUCUGCCGACGUAAUCGUCUGUGGUUUCAACAGGCUUCCCGUUGCGACGACCACGAAGAGCCAUCUGCUAGCCCCGGCCCGCUAGCACACGCAAACAACAGCCGUGCUUCCUGCUAGCCAGUGCUGUAGCACCAAUUCGAACUGCUCUCAGACUCACAUAUUGCUGUUCACUGGACCUUAUGAUCACUCAGCUGCACAGCUGAUGCCUGCUGGACUGUUCCUUUACAUGGUACCCUGUCAUCUUUAUCUGUUUAGCCUCAGCCCAAACUUUCAUCGCCAUUACCAGUUGUUGUCUUAGCUCUCUCGAUUAACACCUGUGAUUGCUUUAUGCUCUCUCCCAUGUCAAUAUGCCUUGCCUAUUGCUGUUCCAGUUAGUUCUUAUUAUACAAUUUCACUGUAAAGCCCCAAGUCCCUCUCAAACUGCCUCAAAUAGCUCCUUUGUUCCACCCCCCCUACACGCGGAGACUGGCUCAAUCGGUGCCUCCAGUGAUGCUAUCUCUUUCAUUGUUACCCAACGCUUAGGUUUACCUCCACUGUACUCAUAUCCUUGUCUGUACAUAAUGCCCUGAAUCUAUUCUACAACGCCCGGAAAUCUGCCCCCUUUACGCUCUGUACCCAACGCACUAGAAGACCAGUUCUUAAAGCCUUUAGCCGUAUCCUUAUUCUAGUCCUCCUCUGUUCCUCUGGUGAUGUAGAGGUUAACCCAGGCCCCGCAGCCCCCAGAAUCACUCCUACUCCCCAGGAGCUAUCAUUUGUUGACUUCUGCAACCGUAAAAGCAUUGGUUUUUUUGCAUGUUAACAUCAGAAGCCUCCUCCCUAAGUAUGAGUUAUUCACUGCGUUAGCGCACUCCGCCAACCCUGAUGUUCUAUUAGUGUCUGAAUCCUGGCUUAGGAAGGCCUCCAAAAAUUCCGAAAUGUCCAUCCCCAACUACAACAUUUUCCGUCUAGAUAGAACUGCCAAAGGGGGUGGAGUUGCAAUCUACUGUAGAGAGAGCCUGCAGAGCUCUAUCAUACUAUCCAGGUCUGUGCCCAAACAGUUUGAGCUCCUACUUCUAAAAAUCCACCUUUACAGAAAUAAGUCUCUCACUGUUGCCGCUUGCUACAGACCCCCCUCAGCCCCCAGCUGUGCCCUGGACACCAUAUGUGAAUUGAUUGCCCCCCAUCUAUCCUCAGAGUUCGUACUGCUUGGUGACCCAAACUGGGAUAUGCUUAACACCCCGGCCAUCCUACAAUCCAAACUAGAUGCCCUCAAUCUCACACAAAUGAUUAAGGAACCUACCAGGUACAACCCUAAAUCCGUAAACAUGGGCACCCUUAUAGAUGUCAUCCUGACUAAUUUACCCUCUAAAACACCUCUGAUGUCUUCAACCAGGAUUUCAGCGAUCACUGCCUUAUUGCCUGCGUCCGUAACGGGUCCGCGGUCAAACGACCACCCCUCAUCACUGUCAAACGCUCCCUAAAACACUUUAGCGAGCAGGCCUUUCUAGUUGACCUGGCCCAGGUGUCCUGGAUGGAUAUCGAUCUCAUUCCGUCAGUAGAGGAUGCCUGGUUGUUCUUUAAAAGUGCUUUCCUCUCAAUCUUAAAUAAGCAUGCCCCAUUCAAAAAAAUUCAGAACUAAGAACAGAUAUAGCCCCUGGUUCUCCUCAGACUUGACUGCCCUUGACCAGCACAAAAACAUCCUGUAGCGUACUGCAUUAGCAUCGAAUAGCCCCUGCGAUAUGCAACUUUUCAGGGAAGUUAAGAACCAAUUAGGAAAGCAAAGGCUAGCUUUUUCAAACAGAAAUGUGCAUCCUGUAGCACUAACUCCAAAAAGUAAACACUGUAAAGUCCAUGGAGAAUAAGAGCACCUCCUCCCAGCUGCCCACUGCACUGAGGCUAGGAAACACUAUCACCACCGAUAAAUCUACAAUCAUCGAGAGAUUUCAACAAGCAUUUUGCUACGGCUGGCCAUGCUUUCCAGCUGGCUACCACUACCCCGGUCACCAGCUCUGCACCCUCUGCUGCAACUUGCCCAUGCCCCCCCCCCCGCUUCACCUUCACACAAAUUCAGACAGCUGAUGUUCUGAAAGAGCUGCAAAAUCUGGACCCUACAAAUCAUCUGGGCAAGACAAUCUGGACCCUUUCUUUCUAAAAUUAUCCGCCAAAAUUGUCGCAACCCCUAUUACUAGCCUGUUCAACCUCUCUUUCGUAACGUCUGAGAUCCCCAGAGAUUGUAAAGCUGCCGCGGUCAUCCCCCUCUUCACUCUAGAUCCAAACUGUUACAGACCUAUAUCCAUCCUGCCCUUCGAACGUUUUUGAAAGCCAAGUUAACAAAUAGAUCACCGACCAUUUCGAAUCACACCGUACCUUCUCCGCUAUGCAAUCCGGUUUCCGAGCUGGUCAUGGGAGCACCUCAGCGACACUCAAGGUCCUAAACGAUAUUAUAACCACGAUCGAUAAUAGACAGUACUGUGCAGCCGUCUUCAUCGACCUGGCCAAGGCUUUCGACUCUGUCAACCACCGCAUUCUUAUUGGCAGACUAAAUAGCCUUGGUUUCUCAAAUGACUGCCUCGCCUGGUUCACCAACUACUUCUCAGAUAGAGUUCAAUGUGUCAAAUCGGAGGGCCUGUUGUCUGGACCUAUGGCAGUCUCUAUGGGGGUGCCACAGGGUUCAAUUCUUGAGCCGACUCUUUUACAUUUACAUUUGAGUUCUUUAGCUUUUCUCUGUGUAUAUCAAUGAUGUCGCUCUUGCUGCUGGUGAUUCUCAGAUCCACCUCUACGGAGACGACACCAUUUUGUAUACAUCUGGCCCUUCAUUGGACACUGUGUUAACAAACUUCCAAAUGAGCUUCAAUGCCAUAAAACACUCCUUCCGUAGCCUCCAACUGUUCUUAAAUACAAGUAAAACUACAUGCAUGCUCUUCAAUCGAACGCUGCUGGCACCCGCCCACCCGACUAGAAUCACUACUCUCGACGGGUCUGACCUAGAGUAUGUGGACAACUACAAAUACCUAGGUGUCUGGUUAGACUGUAAACUCUCCUUCCAGACUCACAUUAAGCAUCUCCUAUCCAAAGCUAAAUCCAUAAUCGGCUUCCUAUUUCGCAACAAAGCCUCCUUCACUCAUGCUGCCAAACAUGCCCUCGUAAAACUGACUAUCUUACCGAUCCUUGACUUCGGCGAUGUCAUUUACACAAUAGCCUCCAACACUCUACUCAGCAAAUUGGAUGUAGUCUAUCACAGUGCCAUCUGUUUUGUCACCAAAGCCCCAUAUACUACCCACCACUGUGACCUGUACGCUCUUGUUGGCUGGUCCUCACUACAUAUUUGUCGCCAAACCCACUGGCUCCAGGCCAUCUAUAAAUCACUGCUAGGGAAAUCCCCGCCUUAUCUUAGCUCAUUGGUCACCAUAGCAACACCCACCCGUAGUAUGCGCUCCAGCAGGUAUAUCUCACUGGUCAUCCCCAAAGCCAACACCUCCUUUGGCCGCCAUUCCUUCCAGUUCUCUGCUGCCAAUGACUGGAAUGAACUGCAAAAAUCUCUGAAGCUGGAGACUCUUAUCUCCCUCACUAACCUUAAGCAUCAGUUGUCAGAGCACCUUACCGAUCACUGCACCUCACAGCCCAUCUGAAAUUAGCCCACCCAACUACCUCAUCCCCAUAUUGUUAUUUAUUUUGCUAAUUUGCACCCCAGUAUCUCUAUUUGCACAUCAUCUCUUGCACAUCUAUCAUUCCAGUGUUAAUACUAAUUGUAAUUAUUUUGCACUAUGGCCUAUUUUUUGCCUUACCUCCAUAACUUGCUGCAUUUGCACACACUAUAUAUAUUUUUUUAUAUUUUCUGUUGUAUUUUUGACUUAUGUUUUGUUUUACCCCAUAUGUAACUCUGUGUUGUUGUUUUUAUCGCACUGCUUUGCUUUAUCUUGGCCAGGUCGCAGUUGUAAAUGAGAACUUGUUCUCAACUGGCUUACCUGGUUAAAUAAAGGUUAAAUAAAAUAUUGGUUGAAACAGGACAUAACAUUCCUGUGUGCUCACUAGGUUCCCACUAGGCCCCCCAUGAGCUAGCCUACUUCAAACAGCUGAUCUUUUCUGAUCUUCGCUAUCUUUUCCCACUGAAGCGAUACUGAGAAAUGUGUCAGAAGGAAGCUGCAUACUCGAUUGUUCCCCCACUCUGUGGUUGGUCUUUUGUGGUGCAUUAUGCAUUGUGUAUUAGGGUUUAUUUUGGUCGCUCUGUUUACAUUACAGUCAUUAUGUGAUAACAGGCCACUGGCCCUGAGAAUAUAACACAUCUUGGGCGUUCUCUCUGUGACUGUUUGGCCUUCCGGUUGUUUACACACUGUUUAAAUUGGGCCUUUCACAGGAAGGUUAGGAAUUGUGUGUGUGCGUGUGUGUGUGUGUGUGUGUGUGUGUGUGUGUGUUAUCUAUUGACUAACAAAAACCAACAAAGGUUCUUGGAGGUAACAAGUGCUCUUAACCACUUCCUAUCACAGGGUGUUUCUCUGUACUUUUGCUUCUAGCCUGUUAAUAAGUAACUACGUAGGCCACGUUAACUUAGGUAACUUAACAGAGCUGAAUUGUAAUUUUCUACGUUAGAUAAUUGAAAACAUUAGGUAUCAUCUAAUCACUGAUCUUCAUUCAUAAUGAAUUAAAUGAACCAGCUGAAUGAGAUAAUUACUCAAGUGAACUUUGUCACGGCAGUGAGCUUCAUUUUAAAUGACUAAAACAGAACAAAACUGAAAUGAAAACAAACGUGAACUCUGAACUGUAAUAAUUCACUUCUGUCAUUCAUGCCUUAGUACCCUUGAGGCUAAAACUGUUUUGCACCUUUGUCUGCAAUAGGGGUGUGAAGGUUUUUUUUUUUUUUUUUUUUUCUUCUCCAAUGUAGAUCCAGAAAGUAGUUGGUCAAUUUUCACAACAACUAAGAGUGUUGAAGCGCGAGGCACUUCCCCACUGUUUUGGUGCCAUGGCUACCACGUGAAGCGAACCCGUGCAUAUGCGCAGAUACUGUAUGUGACUGUAUGAGAGUGAUGUGUUGCAUCUCGCUCAUCUCAAUAUCCUAGCCUAUUCAUUGAUGAUACAGUGCAUUCAGAAAGUAUUCAGACCCAUUGACCUUUUCCACAUUUUGUUACGUUACAGCCUUAAUCUAAAAUGGAUUUAAGUAAAUUAUUUUCCUCCUCAAGCUACACACAAUACCCCAUAAUGACAAAGCGAAAACAACAGGUUUUUAGAAAUGUUUGCAAAUGUAUAACAAAUAAAAUAAAAAAACUUAUUUACAUGACUCGAAGUUGAGCUCAGGUGCAUCCUGUUCCCAUUGAUCAUCCUUGAGAUGUUUCUACAACUUGAUUGGAGUCCACCUGUGGUAAAUUCAAUUGAUUGGACAUGAUUUGGAAAGGCACACACCUGUCUAUAUAAGGUCCCACAAUUGACAGUGCAUGUCAGAGCAAAAACCAAGCCAUGAAGUCGAAGGAAUUGUCCGUAAAGCUCCGAGACCAGAUUGUGUCGAGGCACAGAUCUGGGGAAGGGAACCAAAACAUUUCUGCAGCAUUGAAGGUCCCCAAGAACACAGUGGCCUCCAGCAAUCGGCGGAGAAGGGCCUUGGUCAGGGAGGUGACCAAGAACCCAAUGGUCACUGACAGAGCUCUAGAGUUCCUCUGUGGAGAUGGGAGAAACUUCCAGAAGGUCAACCAUCUCUGCAGCACUCCACCAAUCAGGCCAUUAUGGUAGAGUGGCCGACGGAAGCCACUCCUCAGUAAAAGGCACAUGACAGCCCGCUUGGAGUUUGCCUAAAGGACUCUCAGACCAUGAGAAACAAGAUUCUCUGGUCUGAUGAAUGAAACGAAUAUUGAACUCUUUGGCCUGAAUACCAAGCGUCACGUCUGGAGGAAACCUGGCACCAUCCCUACGGUGAAGCAUGGUGGUGGCAACAUCAUGCUGUGGGGAUGUUUUUCAGCGGCAGGGACUGGGAGACUAGUCAGGCUUGAGGGGAAGAUUAAUGGAGCAAAGUACAGAGAGAUCAUUGAUGAAAACCUGCUCCAGAGCGCUUAGGACCUCAGACUGGGGCGAAGAUUCACCUUCCAACAGGACAAUGACCCUAAGCACACAGCCAAGAUAAUGCAGGAGUGGCUUCGGGACAAGUCUCUGAAUAUCCUUGAGUGGCCCGGUCUUGAACCCAAUCGAACAUCUCUGGAAAGACCUGAAAAUAGCUGUGCAGCGACGCUCCCCAUCCAACCUGCCAGAGCAUGAGAGGAUCUGCAGAGAAGAAUGGGAGAAACUCCCCAAAUCCAGGUGUGCCAAGCUUGUAGCGUCAUACCCAAGAAGACUUGAGGCUGUAAUUGCUGCCAAAGGUGCUUCAACAAAGUAUUGAGUAAAGGGUCUUAAUACUUAUGUCUUUAAUAGAUUAGCAAAAAUGUCUAAAAACCAGUUUUUGCUUUGUCGUUAUGGGGUAUUGUGUGUAGAUUAAAUAUAUAGAUAUAUAUAUAUAUAUAUAUAUAUAUAUAUAUAUAUAUAUUUUUAAAUCAAUUUUAGAAUAAGGCUGUAAUGUAACAAAAUGUGGAAAAAGUAAAGGGGCCUGAAUACUUUCUGAAUGCACUGUAGGCCCUGCUUUACUGAAGUUGCGAGACAUUGCAAGCCAAGAAAUUGCAAGGUACAGCUUUUGAUUGCAGAUAGAUAGCUUAGGCCUAGUGCACGGUUCUGGUCGACCUGCCUAUACUGUGCCCCUCCCCGCUCUCUCCGUCCCUCGCUAACUCGAUAUGAAAGAUGCAAGUGUUUAUGUUUUUUAAAGUACAGCAACUAAUCAGUCUCCUCCGUUCCAAAAACACUGAAUAUAUUAGAAUCUUGACACUCAAAAAUGGGAGUCGACACCGGGAGUCGACGUGCAAGGAGUCUAGGAAUCAAUUAUAUUGAAGUCUACUCUCUGCCACUACGUAAUUGUCGUUAACAGUUGAAAAAAUGGCAGAGAAAGGCAAGCGACAGCAGGGAAGUCCUGUAUGGCAAUACUUUGACAAGUUAAAUGACAAGGAAAUGCAAACAUUGCGAGGUGGAAUUGAGGUACGGUAAUGGUAGUACAGGUGCAAUACUUAACCAUCUGAAAGGGACGCACCGUGAGACCCAAGCCGUUGUUGGCAACAGUGCAGCUGCAUUGUGAAUUCAACAUUUCAAUCCCUAGUCUGCAAUACAAUAUGCUGCAUCUUGUCCAUUAUAGAAACCAACUCAAGCUUUCAUCUUCCUCUUUGUCCAGUGUUCUCUUUGUCUUCAAUACAACAACAUGCUUCAUUUUUAGUUCAGACAGCAACCCAAGCUUUCAUGUUCCUUUGCAGAAUGCCAUAGUGCCCUUCAAGGAACUGUGUGGCCUCUCGGCAGUGGCCAACCUGAAGCAGUGCAUCCUGGCCCUGUCCUCACGGCUGACUGGGGCUGACAACAACCCCCUCCUGGUGUUCAACCUCAAGGACCAGUACCCCACCAUGGAGCCCCAGAGCCUGCUACCAGAGGUCCUGAAGAAGGUGGUCACCACCUAUGACAUGGUGAGUACAGGAGGACUUUUGUUUGAACAGUAUCAUGUUUAUUUUAUUUCCUUUGUUUUAUAAGGUAAGUUGAUAGAGAACAUUCUUUUUUAGAAACAGGACUUGAAAUCUGGGAUCUUACUGCAUAUUUAAUCUGAAUAAAAGCCUUUCUCAGUAAGACCACUACUAAUCUGCUGAUUGUAAAAACAACUACAAAACACCUAGAAAAUGAGUUUGAUUCUAAUCAAAUCAAGAGGGUUUAGUGGGAUUUUAAUGGUAACGUGGGGGUAAGAGGGUUAGGGAGUAGGGCAGGGGUGAGUUGUUUUAAUCAAGUAAUUUAAUCAAUGUUGACAAUGGACUGAAGUUAUAUAAUGUGUCAUUGAGGCUAUUUCAAUACAGACCUAUAAUGCCUAACACCUCACCGUAAUCAAUAUACCUUAAUAAUACACAUUUUACAUUUACAUUUUUAGUAAUUUAGCAGACGCUCUUACCCAGAGCGACUUACAGUUAGUGAGUGCAUACAUUUUAUUUUUUUCAUACUGGCCCCCCAUGGGAAUCGAACCCAUAACCCUGGCGUUGCAAGCGCCAUGCUCUACCAACUGAGCUACACGGGGCCCCGAUAACACGAGUGUUAUAGAAUGCCGUCCGUCCCCCAUUUUGAAUAUUUCAUUACUUAUCUACUGUAUUUGCUACAAUACAGAGAGCAAGAUAAAAUAACUUGAAAGCUCUGCUAGAUUAUCCAACGUGGCCAUGGAAAAACACUUUAGGCAUAUCUGAUAUAUUUCAUCCUCAAAUCUGUAGCCUAUGUGCUCUGAAUAUGUAUUGAAUACAUUUUAAAAUAUUCAUACUUUGAUAUUUCUAUUUGACACCAGCUGUUUUCUGUGUCAGACAUGUUUAUUGGUGAAGCUUAUUAUCCACUUUAGAAACACAGGUCAAAGGCUACAUACUGCAUUAGUACAGUGUCUUGCAAAAGUAUUCAUCCCCUUUGGCAUUUUUCCUAUUUUAGUGAAUAGUUGUGCACGCUCAAGUUUUCUGUUUUUUUGUCUUAUUUCGUGUUUGUUUCACAAUAAAAAAUAUUUUGCAUUUUCAAAGUGGUAGGCAUGUUGUGUAAAUCAAAUGAUACAAAUCCCCCAAAAAUCCAUGUUUUUAUUCCAGGUUGUAAGGCAACAAAAUAGGAAAAAUGCCAAGGGGUGUGAAUGCUUUCGCAAGCCACUGUACUCCAUUAGCAUAGCAUUUAAUGUAAUUUACCUAAUGUAUUCAUAAUGUCUCAUUCUCCUGACAUUAGAACCCCCACACAGAGCAUGAAGGUAAUGUGCUAACUAACCUGCAAACAGAUGAGUCAUGCUUAAUUUAACUCACAAGUGUCUCACUCAUUGAGAGUCAUGGACAGGGGUCAGACGACUACAGUUAGUGGAGUGCAUACAUUUUAUUUUUUUCAUAUGGCCCCCCCAUGGGGAAUCGAACCCAUAACACUGGCGUUGCAAGCGCCAUGCUCUACCAACUGAGCUACACGGGGCCCCGAUAACACGAGUGUUAUAGAAUGCCGUCCGUCCCCCAUUUUGAAUAUUUCAUUACUAUCUACUGUAUUUGCUACAAACAGAGAGCCAAGAUAAAUAACUUGAAAGCUCUGCUUAGAUUAUCCAACGUGGCCAUGGAAAAAACACUUUAGGCAUAUCUGAUAUAUUUCAUCCUCAAAUCUGUAGCUAUGUGCUCUGAAUAUGUAUUGAAUACAUUUUAAAAUAUUCAUACUUUGAUAUUCUAUUUGACAACCAGCUGUUUUCUGUGUCAGACAUGUUUGCAGUGUGCUGUGCACAAAGCAUAAAAUCCUGGGGGCCAGUUUGAAUAUGUAUGCACUCACAAAAAAAACUGUAAGUCGCUCUGGAUAAGAGCGUCUGUUAAAUGACGUAAAAUGUAAAAAGGUGAAUUGCGGCUCAGUGCUGCUGCUAAAAACUCUGGUUUUAAAAUGGUGCAAUUCGUACAUAUUUAGUAGUUGAGAAAUAAAUAAGUAUGAAUGGAAAGCCAGGAGCCACCUCUUUUUAACCAAUGCCGUUUAAAACUGCUAUUUUUCCCCACGAUUGAAUAACAAUUGUUGUGCAUUGACUGCUUGUCAAAACACAGGUUUACCCUCGCUAUGGCACUCAUAACUUGAAUGCACCUCGAGAGGAAUAUUUAUCUCAGAAUACACAACAACAAGCCGACUAGGUAAAUAGAUAUACACUGUUCUAUUAUGGGGUUGUCUGGUUGUUCUAUUCAUUACUUGUUUAGUUUGCAGAGGAAAAGUAAAUGUGGACUGUUCUAGCAUCUUCAAAAUGCGGCCUCUGCAGAAAUUCUUAAUUGAAUGUGCUGUUCUUCUUGUUGUAAAUGUAUUGUGUAGAUUCUUUUUUAUUUUUUAAUUGAGGGAAGUACCAAUGUGUCACAAAGUAGUAGUUUGUUUAUGAUAACUAUUGCCAUUUUGAAGCCCAGUAGCACCACUAAAUACACAAAUCACCAUAGCUAGUAUUUAGCGAGCAAAGCCAGUGUUGAGUUCAGCCGCUUACCUGUCAAUCCACUAUAAAUACCUCCCCAUGUUGCUGUGUCUGUCACCAAGGCUGUAAUUUCUUCACCCAUUAGUAAAGUAAUCAGUGUGCCUGACAGCCUCCAGCCCUGUUACUGCAGCUGUGGACUGUCACAAACAGCCCCCUCCAUCACAUACCCCGCCCGCCUCCCUCAGCUUAGUCACGAUGUGUUGCACUCAUCACAGACUGUAGGAAUGCUCUGGGUUGCCGUCAUAAAACUGGGUUUGAUGGCCAUCUCAAUAAAUAUAUAGGCCAUAUUGUUAAUUGUCAGUGCUUUUCAAAUAAUUUUGUAAUUCACUCCAAAUUUGGAGAUAAUGUAUCACCUAAGAACAUGUUCAAAUUAAUAUACCCACUUGGGUGUAGGGGGCUGGAGUCACUGUUUUGUAACCUUCAUCUCCAUUUUCACUACCUGAAGUGGGGCGCCCAGCCCAGCAGUCCACCAUGGACAGGCUGUCACACUCACAGUCACAGUGCUGCUGCCCUUUAGUUCCUGUCACAUCACUCUCAAUGCUCCUAAGUAGGUACUCUCUUCUCUCUCACUGGCUGGAAAACUGGCACAACAACAGGAUCGAUCUCGGGGGCACAUUGUUGGGUCACCGGCCGACCGUCAGAGAUUGACUUGGCAACUGGAGCUCUGCUAAAACAGCUGCCCACGCUCCCCAAGCCCCCGCCCUGUCUGCCUUGGCAAUGGUACAAGACCGCCUGCCUUUAUUAUGUGACCUUGCAGUGCUCUUAUGUCACUGAGGGAAUGUACAAGUCAAUUACGCCAGAGCAGCGAACAUAAUGCCCAGCACCCGUGGCACUAAUUGAAACGGAAGGCUGCCGUAACUGUGUCAUCUCGCCCCAGAAUCGCAUUAAGAAACCUAUUCUAAUUUUAGAUGAUGCAUAAUUUCCUUCAGAUGAUCAUAUUUAUUGCACUCCGAGACAGUAAUAAGGGAGAAAGAUCCAGAUGGUCGUAUCCGCGUGUACGGCUCCUGGGUCGUGCAGUGGGUAUUUACCAGGAUCCAUGACAGUAAACACACGCAUCAUUAACCUCCCGAAAUACCCCCGAUGUACCAGGGAUGUAUUUUGGGGUGUUUUAUUUUGUCAGGCAUUAGAAGUGCAAAUGGGAAUCUAUCUGUGAUCAGAGCCACCAUGAGUAUUUCAACACAGUCAUGGAGGUCAGAAGUUUGUGCACUCAAUUAAGGCAAGGAGCCACAGAUAAGGCUGGGUUACGCCUCCGAACAAGGCCUCUCCUAUUUACAACAGAUUGCUGUAAUAAACAAUAAUAACCUACUCUUGAAAUCACAUGUUUUCAGACCAACUCUGAAACAGGACUGGAGCGUCGUAUUUUAUAACUGUAACAUGCAAUUACUGUAAUACCCUGGUUGUCUUGCAACUUUCAAUAACAUGCUCUGAUACACUCCCUUCACUCUAUUUUUACUGUGCCAAAGCACAACUCCCGCUGCUUGGCCCUCUAUCUCUGUAAUAAGAGGCUUCUUUUCCCCCGCACUGGAUAGAUACACCGCAAACAAAAUUAAGAUUGCUUACUACCGCAGAAUGCCAGGCUGCUGUAAAGGGAAUAAGAGGUUCAAAUGGAACUGUCUGCUUUCUCCUCUCCUGACAGAUGAUCCAGACCAGCAAGACUCUGCUGGAGAACUCUGAGGGAGUCUACGACCGAAUACUGCUAACCCAGAAAGCAGGUAAGAAAGAGAGAGAAAGAGAUGAACAAAGAGCGAUGUUUAGCAUGAAAAGCCCAUUUCUCUGCAAAGAUCCACUGUCCCUCAGAUAUUCCCUUCUUCCUUUCAUAUACACUCAUCCCCUCCUCUCUGAAGUAUGCCAUGGAGACCGGCCGCUAACAAAAAAGAUGGACUGAUUUAUGCCGGGCCCUGUUACAUAAGCGUUAUUAACAUUUGAUUCAUGCUCAUUUCUGUGACCCGGCUGCUUUGAAACUCUGCUUUGAUUCAGCCUGGUUUUUGAUGAUUCUCACGGCGUUGGCCUCGCUGCUCCUCUAAUUAGGAGGGUUGCAGAGGAGGUGGUAAACACCCAGGUUCUGAACAGAACAACAAAGACUGGCAGACGACUGCGGUUUCUUUAUGCCUGGGCUGAACCAGGAACCGCACCGCUACAAGGUGUGCAGAAUGAGAUCAAGCCCAUCUAAUAACAAUUGAACGGGAAUAAUUUACCAGAAUGGAUGAAAAUAGUGUUUUGUCUGAGCAAUUGAUUGGAAAAUUAUUGAUCUCAUUGUUACGAAAAUUCUGCAUUUGCACUUUGAUAUGAAUAUUGCAGCUUGUGUGCUCUUGCAAUUCUAUAUAUCUGUGAUCUUAGCACUGUUUAUCCCGUUCCUCUGGCGAGAGCCUCUGUGAGAAUAGCCUUCUGGCCCUGCAUAAUGUGUUGACUUAACUUGGAUAGGGGCAGUGUUAAUCCAUUCUGCUCUGGGGUGUGGGGGAUCGGGAGGAUCUUAGAGCCUUGAUACGGUGAUUGGCAGCUCAUCAAUGGAACACACUGGCAGCGAUCCCCACUCCUCGCUCCCAGGUGGGGGAGUCUUGGCUUGAGAAGCUGUCAGAAUGUUCACUCCCUCUUCCUUCCCCCAUUAUGAGGGGAACUCAACAAGGUGGAUUUUUCCGGAAAGAGCUCUAGUGGUGCAAACUGCAAAACCAUUUUUUUGGGCAUAAAAACAGCAUAACAUUUACUACAGUACAAAUAAAAUCAUUCAAUGAGAGGAUAAUUUAGACUUCUGUGUCUUUAAUCUAAUGCAGCGCAUUUCAGUAAUGUUUCCCAUCUAAGCAUUGUAGAUGUUUCAUUUAUCAUGGAGUAACUUCCUUGGAGCGCCGAGUGAGGAAAAACAGGCCAUCGUUCCAGGGGCUGGGGUUUAUUGGUUUCCAGAUGGAUGACAUAUAAAAUAUUCAUAGUCUAUUGUCUUGUCUCAUCAAUGGGGCAGAGGAGUGUCUUUUAACUGAGUGUGCGUCGCAAGUCAAUGGCUCUGUGCCGUCAUUUCCUCUUCUUAGUAUUCAUCACAACACCUACAGGACCUGCCUUCAAGCUGCUACCCGAGACAUUAGCCAUUGGUGGUCUGAGAGUUAAAAUGUGAACUACUUAAAUGAAUGGUGCUGAAGGAGACAACUAAAACAUCUCUUACUCUAGGAAACAGGGAGAUACGGAACUGUGCUCAGAUAGUUCACUUUUGGUGCCCGCUAGAUCUAUAGUAUUACAGUAUAUUGUGUCCAUAGUCUGAAAGCAUUCCUCUUCAAAGGUGAUAUGAAGCGAUCCCACUUUCUCAAUGUAUGGUUAUUUGCCUCUAAUCUUUGAAAUGUCAUAAAGAUUAACCUAAAAGUAACUAGGGAUUGGGACACUUACUCCAGUACUCGAUUUAAAGUUUGUAUUUGUUUACUAAUAGUCUAAAACAAGUACUCGAAAUUCACAAAUGCAACUAUUUAGCAGGUUACAUUUAUAAGUACUGACAGAAUUUCGAACUCUAAGGUGUGUGUAUUCUUUGUGGAGUAUGUCAAGUGCAGUGAAAAUGUGUUAAGUUGUGUAUCAGAACAACCAGUAAUUGGAACAACCAGCAUAGCGCAAACUUUUUUCCUUCAGCCCAGUUUCACGCUAACAUGUGAGUACUCGGGCACUCAAAAUUGUUUCCAUGAGUACUCAAAAACAGAAAUUAUUUCAAAAGCCCAUCCCUAAAAUGUACAGUGAGGGGAAAAAAGUAUUUGAUCCCCUGCUGAUUUUGUACGUUUGCCCACUGACAAAGACAUGUUCAGUCUAUAAUUUUAAUGGUAGGUUUAUUUGAACAGUGAGAGACAGAAUAACAACAACAAAAAUCCAGAAAAACGCAUGUCAAAAAUUGUAGAAAUUGAUUUGCAUUUUAAUGAGGGAAAUAAGUAUUUCACCCCUCUGCAAAACAUGACUUAGUACUUAGGGCAAAACCCUUGUUGACAAUCACAGAGGUCAGACGUUUCUUGUAGUUGGCCACCAGGUUUGCACACAUCUCAGGAGGGAUUUUGUCCCACUCCUCUUUGCAGAUCUUCUCCAAGUUAUUAAGGUUUCGAGCCUGACGUUUGGCAACUCGAACCUUCAGCUCCCUCCACAGGUUUUCUAUGGGAUUAAGGUCUGGAGACUGGCUAGGCUACUCCAGGACCUUAAUGUGCUUCUUCUUGAGCCACUCCUUUGUUGCCUUGACUGUGUGUUUUGGGUCAUUGUCAUGCUGGAAUACCCAUCCACGACCCAUUUUCAAUGCCCUGGCUGAGGGAAGGAGGUUCUCACCCAAGAUUUGAUGAUACAUGGCGCCGUCCAUCGUCCCUUUGAUGCGAUGAAGUUGUCCUGGCCCCCAAAGCAUAAUGUUUCCACCUCCAUGUUUGACAGUGGGGAUGGUGUUCUUGGGGUCAUAGGCAGCAUUCCUCUCCUCCUCCAAACACGGCAAAUUGAGUUGAUGCCAAAGAGCUCCAUUUUGGUCUCAUCUGACCACAACACUUUCACCCAGUUCUCCUCUGAAUCAUUCAGAUGUUCAUUGGCAAACUUCAGACGGGCCUGUAUAUGUGCUUUCUUGAGCAGGGGGACCUUGCGGGCGCUGCAGGAUUUCAGUCCUUCACGGCAUAGUGUGUUACCAAUUGUUUUCUUGGUGACAAUGGUCCCAGCUGCCUUUAGAUCAUUGACAAGAUGCUCCCGUGUAGUUCUGGGCUGAUUCCUCACCGUUCUCAUGAUCAUUGCAACUCCACGAGGUGAGAUCUUGCAUGGAGCCCCAGGCCGAGGGAGAUUGACAGUUAUUUUUUGUUUCUUCCAUUUGCGAAUAAUCGCACCAACUGUUGUCACUUUCUCACCAAGCUGCUUGGCGAUGGUCUUGUAGCCCAUUCCAGCCUUGUGUAGGUCUACAGUCUUGUCCCUGACAUCCUUGAAGAGCUCUUUGGUCUUGGCCAUGGUGGAGAGUUUGGAAUCUGAUUGAUUGCUUCUGUGGACAGGUGUCUUUUAUACAGGUAACAAGCUGAGAUUAGGAGCACUCCCUUUAAGAGUGUGCUCCUAAUCUCAGCUCGUUACCUGUAUAAAAGACACCUGGGAGCCAGAAAUCUUUCUGAUUGAGAGGGGGUCAAACACUUAUUUCCCUCAUUAAAAUGCAAAUCAAUUUAUAACAUCUUUGACAUGCGUUUUUCUGGAUUUUUUUGUUGUUAUUCUGUCUCUCACUGUUCAAAUAAACCUACCAUUAAAAUUAUAGACUGAUAAUUUCUUUGUCAGUGGGCAAAUGUACAAAAUCAGCAGGGGAUCAAAUACUUUUUUCCCUCACUGUACCUAACUAGGCCACUCAGUUAAGCCAAAACCAUAGGCUACUGAAGCUAGGAAAUACUUCAUAUGCAUUUGUAUUAUUUUAUUAGUUAAAAUGGGCGCACAUGACAACUAAACAGGUUAAUCAUGGGCUUCCACAUUAGCCGCCCAAGGCUUCUGAUCACUACCAGGCACCAUAUCAAAUCUACUGGGCUGGAUUCAACCACCGACAUUUGCAAAAUAGGACACAGCAGAUGGUAAACUAAGCAACAAGAAAUUAAUGUUCUAAUUUCAUCAAUACGUAUUGUCAGCUGUGAGUGGAAAAUGGGUCAAUACAAACUGUAUUCCCUCCGGACAGUGAGCAGAACAUUCCAGUAACAGCUACUGGAGUUCUGAGUAUUCCAUCAUAACCACUCAGAGAGAGCAAACCGUGUCAAAAGACCCUCUGGGUAACAUUAAAUAAAGAUCAGUACUUACUGUCUGAAACGCACUGAUCAAAUGCAAAACAUGACACUCACACAGGUACCAAAUAACAUCUGGGACAAUUCAAUAGCUGAACCCCAAGACACCUAGUCUGGACAGAGUACUGCUUAUAACAGAUCCCACCUAGGUUAACUUUUCCAAACUACCUAGAAAACAAGCUGCAAAGAAAAUGUGGAACAUAACAUGAAUGGAAAAACCCCAUUACAGUAAUGGGCUGUGGCCACUAAAUACGGUAGAUGAUCUUCUACAUGUUAAAAUGCAUCAUCGAUUCAGGAGGUAUGUUGCUUUUGCGAUUCAAUCCAUUAUUAAUAAAGCUAGUAAAUAGGCAGAUCAUCUUUCAUAAAAUAUAUUUUUAUGUACAUGCAUGGCACCGUUUGACUAUACCAAUGGGGAUUUAGCCUAGGCUACAUUACAGGUUGGGGAAACGGUUUCAUUAAUAUUUCCUAUGACUGGGCGCUCUGGUCCAAGUUCAUUAUACUGACAGUUAUUGAGCUCCAGGCAGACGAGGGAGAAGAUUACACCAGCUAAAGAAGCUAAUCCCUGAUGUAUUGUCAUUGGCCACGGCAAACCCCUUUCCUACCUGCCGCUCGGUUAUGGACUGUCAAAGGUGACUGAGAACCUUUGGUGGCUCCAUACAGUCUUUGUCAGCGAGCAUAAGCUUGCAGAAAAUUGAGUUUGAAAGGGCUUGCUCAGAAUGACAGAAUGCGUCCCCCGCCCCACACACCCCCAACUCUACACUGCGUUGCUAAGCAACCCCAUGCUGAGAGGUGUGUGUGUGUGUGUGUGUCUCCCCAGCACACUCAUGCUUCAUGCGUACAAAAGCAUUGAUUGUAGUUACAGCAGCACAGCACCUGAGGGUGGGGGAAAAUCAUUCCGGAAUCAUUCAGAUGUUUCACAGUGCACAACAUCAAAAAGGCUGGGAGUAACAGAUUAUUAGCACUGUGUAUGGUCCAAUUCAAAAAAAUGUCUAUACCCUACACAUUCUCUGUUAGAGAAUACAAUACUAGCCUCAACCAGAGCCUAAUUUGUGAACAUUUCGUUUGCCAUUUUCUCCAUCUCGACUCUUCAUCUAGGUCAGAUAUGUGCUUACUACUGGAGUGCCAAUAUCACAGUCCUCCUCAGAAUCAUCAACAUCCAUCCAACCCACACCCACUCCACGGUAUAUCUCACAUGUACGGUAUUUGGUGUUGCCAUGGAAACAACACCAACAGGGCUGGGAACCGACCCAGAGCUGAUAGAGCGCCACGAUAGAUCUGAGCAUACUCAAUCCGACCGUUUCAGCAUGUGUGUGUCUGGUAAAGCUAUUAGUAGUAUACCAAGCUCCCGUUACCAAGCACCUUAACGGCCAGACCGUCUCAGCUGUUGCUCUGAUGUUGUGGACUCCACUGCAACCUGACUCAAAUUAAACACAGGGCAAUGUUCGUCUGUGUAUCCUAACGGAGAGCAGCACUCCGAGAGAGGAAGGAAGGAGGCAUGGAGACAAGUGCCUCCUCUGCUCAGCGUCUUGAUGCUGAUCCACAGUGAGGCGAUGUCAUGUAUGUCUGCCCAGCCCAUGCUAGUCUUGCUCUGUCUUUCUCUCACGCUCUCAAGAGAAGACGUCUCUCACUCCAUUUUUACCUCACCAGCUUUGCUUCCUUCCUCAUGUUGUCUGCUCGGCAGCUGUUUUCAGGCUGGUGUCAUUUCCAUUUUCAAUUCUGCUUUGUAGUGCCAUACUCAAGGACAAAAGUGAUAUAGACAGUGGUGGAAAAACUACCCAAUUGUCAUACUUGAGUAAAAGUAAAGAUACCUUGAUAGAAAAUGACUCAAGUAAAAGUGACCCGGUAAGAUACUACUUGAGUAAAAGUCAAAAAAUAUUUGGUUUUAAAUAUACUUACAGUGGGGAGAACAAGUAUUUGAUACACUGCCGAUGUUGCAGCUUUUCCUACUUACAAAGCAUGUAGAGGUCUGUAAUUUUUAUCAUAGGUACGCUUCAACUGUGAGAGACGGAAUCUAAAACAAAAAUCCAGAAAAUCACAUUGUAUGAUUUUUAAGUAAUUAAUUUGCAUUAUUGAAGUGUACCUAUGAUAAAAAUUACAGACCUCCUACAUGCUUUGUAAGCAGGAAAACCUGCAAAAUCGGCAGUGUAUCAAAUACUUGUUCUCCCCACUGUAAGUAUCAAAAGUAAAAGUAUAAAUAAAUUCAAAUUGCUUAUAUUAAGCAAACCAAAUGACACAAUGUUCUUUUUUUUCUCUUUAAAAAAAAUCUACAGAUAGCCAGGGGCACACUCCAACAUGCAGACAUCAUUUACAAAUGAAGCAUUCGUGUUUAGUGAGUCCGCCAGAUCAGAGGCAGUAGGGAUGACCAGGGAUGUUCUCUUGAUAAGUGUGUGAAUUGGACCAUUUUCCUGUCCUGCUAAGCAUUCACAAUGUAACGAGUACUUUUGAGUGUCAGGGAAAAUGUAUGGAGUAAAAAGUACAUUAUUUUCUUUAGGAAUGUAGUAAAGUAAAAGUUGUUAAAUAUAAAUAGUAAAGUACAGAUACCCCAAAGAACUACUUAAGUAGUAUUUUUUUACUUAAGUACUUUACACCCCUGGAUAUAGACAAUGAAAACAAGACCUACACCAGGUAGUUCAAGUACUUUUUUUUUUUACAUUUUUAGUCAUUUAGCAGACGCUCUUAUCCAGAGCGACUUACAGGAGCAAUUAGGGUUAAGUGCCUUGCUUAAGGGCACAUCGACAGAUUUUUCACCUAGUUGGCUCGGGGAUUAGAACCAGCGACCUUUCAGUUACUGGCACAACGCUCUUACCCACUAAGCUACCUGCCGCCCCGGCAGGUACAGCGAGACAAACAUAGAAACUGACAGAGACAGGAGAUGAUUGAAUCUGAAAUGAAUGUGAUCACUUAACGUAGGAUCAUCUAAAGUGUGUUUUAAAAAAAAAAAUCAUUUUCUCACACGUCAAGAAUGAAACCAAAUGUGUGGAGGCCUUGGCUUAAGGCUUUUCCCAUAGUGUUGACACUUACCUAACCCCAAUUGGCAUUUCCUGCAAACCUAGCAUAUAAAUGCAUUGAGCAUUGUACGUCAAUGCUAGCCUCUGUGACAAUGUGUGUGAAUACAGAUCGUAAAACUUGUGUCCCCUGACCCCUCUCUCCCCAGCGAUGGAGUUCCAUGAGAACCUCCAUGACAUGGCAGUGAAGGAGGGCCUGAAGGGCAGGAAGCUGUCCAAGGCAGUGGAGAGCUUCACCUGGAACAUAACCAUCCUCAAGGUAAGGAUGAUGACCACUUAGUUUGAGUAAUUUGUUUUUGCAUUCUUUUUUUCUUCUGACAGUUUUUUGUAGCUUUUUUAAGUUUUGUGAAAUCAAUCUUUUAGCUACCAGUAAACCGUUUAAAACCUCUUCGAUGUCAGGUCCCCUGUUUAGGGUUUUCUGGUGCUGGUUCCGGUCCCGGACUAAAUUAUCACUUAUAAAUCGAUAUGACUUGCAUUGAGCGGUAGCCCUGAUUUUCACGGACACAGUUGUAUGUCUCUUCUGCCUGUAUGAAGUAGGAUGUGAAAUCUGACACCACUUGAAGCUGGGAUGUCCCUCCUACCAUUUCAUUCGCUCUUCCGACUGUCCAUCAACUCCUGUCUGAAGUCUACGUCACAGCCACUAACAACUCAUAUGCCUGGAAUCCUUACACUGUAACGCAGCAGGAAAGAGUGAUUAUGUCGCUAUAGAGAUCGAUUUAUAGCCAGUAAUCUAAAAUAAUUAAUAGAUUUUAAACAAAAAAACACUUUCUGUUUGUCAUAGAUGGACAAUAUUAAUAUGAGAUUAAAGGCGAGCUCCUAACGAGUUCAGGAAGCCAAUCUCGAACUCUGAGACGUUCACAGCGAUGGGGGCAGACGUUUUGAUCAAGAGAGACCUUUGCACACUAAAUAUACAAUUAUGUAUUUCACAGUUAUAAGGAAGGUGAAAUCUUAUAGUUGGUUGUUUUAUAAAUUGAUUAUAAUAUAUUUAGAAGAAAAAAAAUCAUACAGUUUUGUUGAAUAGGAAAUAUUGACUACACCUCAGCAAUCUAUAACUAUUUUUACCAGAAAGGUGAGUUUAACCUUUCUUAGAGUAUGCAGCAUUACUAAUUAUUGUUUUAUGGUCCUCUCAUUUUUUUUUUACUUUUGGGGAUUACGUAAUUACAUUUUUGAUUACAUUUAGUUGCAUUUAAGAGGUUUAACUUAUUGUUUGUUUUAUUGAGGACAGGCAUAGGCAGUGAAUUUAAAUUCAAGAAACAACUUCAGAGCAAAUACUUUAGAGAUUCAGAUUCCACAGUGCAGUCAAGCUUCACUAAAUGAGGAAAACAUAAUUUUUUUUGAGAGAGAGAGUUUGUUUACAGAAGGGACAUAAGGUUUAAAUUGACAUUUGUUUUCCAGCUGCAGCGCGGUGGAAUAACAGCUUAUGUCUGAGCUAGUUACAUUGCACACAUUCAGUCUGAUGUAUUUGCCUUCUUGCCAUUCAUUUAACCCCUCUGUCCAUGCAAGGGGUAAUUAUCGAUGAAUGACCUUCUGCAUAUUUAUUCGUGAUAUUUGCAUGUGUUAAAUUGCAUGAGCGUUUGGGCUCAUCAUUUAUACAUGGUUCUGGGAAAUUGAGUUGGUGCCUGGUGAGUGUGUGGCUAUGCUGCAUAAUUCAUUAUACACAGAAGCAGUGGUUACGCUCCGUGGGCAUUGGGGAGAUGUAGGACUCCACUGUCUGACCGCAUACAGCUAAGAUUACAGUUAGUACCACACUACUCUCUCGCUUCGUGACCUUUUUAAGGUACUAUUGGUUUCACCCUUUGUCUUUCUGUUUAAACUGGAGAUUCAAGUUGUUGAUGCAUGCUCCAUUGUCUCUAUAUUGCCAUUCCUGUCAUGUCCCUGCCUCCCCUCCAGGGCCAGGCGGACCUGCUGAAGCAUGCAAAGAGUGAGGUCCAGGAGAACCUGAAGCAGAUCCACUACGCCGCCCUCACCUGUAACCUCAGUAAGGACGGGCCAUCAGGGAGCACGGCAGGCUCCGAGUCCAGGAUCCGACCAAGCAGCCUGGACGCCAUCCCCGAGAAAGCCAUGGCGGAGGACGAGCUCUCUGAGGAGGACAACUGA